AUGGGUAAGCACCGAAUUCGAUAGAUACAAAAUUAACAAUAGAGAAAAGAAAAACAUUAUCGUGUAAAUAUUAUAAACAAUGUUUAUUUGUAUUUUUUUUUAUACUGUGUACAAAAUGUCUACCAGAAAUCUUACUUUAAUUUUAAAGCGUAGUAUCUUUUUUGAAAGGAAAUUUUAUCUAUUUGGUACUUUGCAGAGGUCGUUUUUUGAUUUCCAAGUGGUUUUCAUAAUAAUUUGGAAAUAAUUAGGAAAAACGGGAAAAUUUACGAAUAUAAUACUUUUAUUAUUUUCAAUUUUGUAUUUUUGUUGAGAUUAAGUUAAAAAUGUUCAUAGAUACUUAAAAUUUAAACAAAAACUUAUAUUUGUCUUUUCUAGACGUGGUAUAAUUUUGAAAACAUUUGAGCCAUUUUUGAGAUAUUUAUAGACAUUUUAAUUUUUCGAGUUUUUUACGUAAUUUUUAUUCGAUAGGUACUCAGUGGAUACAAUUUUUAGACCAAACAUAAAUGUUUAAACAUUUAACAGGCGGUCUAUUAUAAGUUGUACUGAAUGGCCAACAAAAAAAGUUGAGUUUAAUGUAGAAUUUUUUUUUAUAGAAUUUAAAUAUAACAUUUUGACGAAAAUCGUACAUUUUAUGGCCUUUUAAAACAUGUAUAUCUAAACUCCGCUGAGAAUCAUUUUCCGUUAGCAAUGAUUAAUCGUUGCGUAAGGAUAUUGCCUUAUCACCUACAACAGUGGCCUACCCAUCGUGCGAAGUAUGACCGUAUUUUUUUUGAGUAUCAAUCCGUAAAAAUCUAUUUUGCUUUUUAAAGUUCAAAUUUUACCAGAGUUUCAUAUACUGAAAUUAUUUUACACCUUUGUGACCAGUGCGCAGUCCGGUGUCGCGGUUUUUAUCUGUGUCAUUGGUAACUUAUUAUAAUUUCAUAUUUGUAUAAUAGUUGAUAUUGUUGAGUAAAAAUUCCCGGCGGUAUUGUCUUACCGAUACCGGAUUAGCCGCACGUACUAUUUUAUAGAUUCUUAUCAACGGAAUUAAUUAAUUCAUUUAGAAAUCCGAUCGUAACACGUCAUUCCUAGUCUAACAAUCAACACGUGGCCCGGUUGAAGUGAGCUUAGUGUGCAGUAAUCGCGUCUAUAAUAACUAUUAUCCCGCACGAAAUCACAAACCGAAUCGAAGUACGUGCUCAUUGUUAUAACUUUUAAUAUUGUUUUAUUGUACAGAAUAGUUUUUUUUUGUCUACUAUAGCUAUUAUCUAUUCGACAAUUUUGAAUUCUGGUUUAGUUUAAAAAAAAAUGUAAUUAGAUAUCACAUUUUCAAAUAGAGCACUCGAUUUUAAACUCAAAAUCGAUAAGUUCAUUAAAUAAAUUUCUUGAAAAUAACAAAAUCAAAUUUACUCAAAAUAUUAGUGUUAUAGACAAUCGCCGGUUUGUGAUAAAAGAAUCAUCCUGAAAUCUGUAUACGUAGCCUGAACGACAUAACAUUUGAAAAGGUCACUUAUUCUUUCAAAUCGUUGGUCACGAACAUUUUUUCGUUUAACCAAAAGAACCCCAGGAAAAAAAGUUUGAAAUUUUAGUGUGAGCGCCGAUAUAAAUAUUGAAAAUUUAAUAAUCGGACUUCAGGAUGUUAUCGGGCCUUCAUUUGUCCAUGUCUAUGUUCAACAUUCUAAAUCUCUAUAUGCUAGGUAUUAGUUUUGUUAAAAAAAAUAGUAUACCGUCAUUUGUUGUUCAUUUUUUUUUUUAAACGUUCUGGGAUCAAAAACAAAUCGUUCAAAUGGUGUACUACCGGAUGGAAAAUCAACAUUUUUCGAGGUAUUGUGUGCAAAUUUUGGAUGUUUUUUACUAAUCGAAAAAGUAUGUUCGUUCCGCUCAGAAACUAAACAAAUUAUAAAACCUAUACGAUUAAAAGUAUGUGCAACGAGGAAGCAGAAUUUUAAAGCAAUACAUGUUUUGAACUAAUAAAUAUUAGGUAAUAGGUAUAAUAAAUAUUAAUAAUUAUUACUCAGUAAAAUCGUUCAUAAUACACCUAAUCAUCGCAAUAUAAUAUCAAAUGUCAAAUUGUCAAUACCUAUAAUAAUAAUAAAUAAAUAAAUAAGGUUUGCUUACCAAUAUCGACCACUUUAUAAAAUGGCGAUACCAUUUGUGUUUAUUUCAGGGUGGUGGGUGAUGAGGUUUUUACUAUUUAUAUUUAUUAUGUUUACCUACAGUAUAUAGAAAUCGUGCAUAACGACAUUGCACUAUCUGCCUAAGUAUAAAAAAAAUGAGUUUUACUUCAUAAACGAUUUUGUGCUAUAUUUUAAUAUUUUUUAAAUUUUUAUGUUAGGCAUUGAAUUAUAGUAGUUUAUUGUUACAAUAAAUAUAACUUCUAUGUUGGAAUCAUUAUUGUAUAAUUGUGUAUUCUCAUCUAAUUUAGUAUAUUUUCGUAAGUAUUAUUAUUGACUUUAGAAUAUAUUCUAGUUAUAUUCUAGGUAUUAUGUUAUAUAAUUAGUAAGUACUACGUUAAAUUAUUCAAAUCAUUUUACGCGUAUUUUAGAUAAAAAAAAAAUAAUUAUAAGAUAUACAUUGCGAGAAAUAUUAUAUAAUUACAUAGAAUGAAACGGCCAUAAUAUUACGUAUUAUCUUUAGGAUUUUUGAAGCAGUUUAUUUAAUCAAACGAGGACAUUUUUGUAUACAGGAAGAGAAUCUGCAGUUUUAUUUUUUUCAACGCCGUCGUGACGUUAUAAUACGUUUGAAUAAUGCAAAUAUAUGAAAAUCGUCAAUUCGUGGAAGUUAAAAAAAAAUAAAUAAAUAUCUUAUCGACCAUCGGCUUAGUAUUGUUAAUUAUUUUUUAAAUUCACUUUUUUCUCAGGUAUACUAUAGUAUAUAGAUGGCGGAAUUUAUCGUAAACGUGCGAUAUUUUGCGAGGUUUAUUUUAAAGAAAUUAUCCAUUUAUCGAAAGAUAAAAGAUACAGCGAAUAAUUUAUUAUUGUAAAACGAAUAUUUAAUGAGUACACCGUAUAAUACCUGAAAAUAUAUGAAAAUUGGUAUUUGCUUAAAUUUUUAGUGCUGUAGGUACCUAAUAUUAGAUUGUUACAGCGAUCACGUGAUCAUAUUGUGUUUAUUAUAUUCUAUUAAUUUGAACUUGAUUAUUUAAGAUAGAGAAACACACCUAUAGGACACGUAACUAAAGAAUGAAAAUAUUCGCAUAAAUAUUGUCAAUAUUGGCUGGCCAUCAUUAUCGUAAACAAGUCAAUAAGCGCUCGUCAUUCGUAAGUAUAAAGGUACCUAAGUGUUACUUAUUCAUAUAUAAUACACAAUUUUAAAAAACCGGACCCUUUUAAGUACCUAGAAAUUAGAUAAAACGCGUCACAAAUUAAUCCGAAUUCAAGAGGCUUACGUAACAAUACCUAUUUGAUAUAGGUAACUACCGUACAUCGAAUAAAUCAAAUAUAUUUGACAAUUUUAACAGAAAGUGUCUUAUAUAUAAUGAUCUUUAGAGAUCAUAGAUUAAUUAUUUAAUAAAUAAUAUUCUACAUUCGUCGUCGAAUCAAUGGAUAAACCUUUUAAAUUUGGUCGAGUUAAUGGAAAUACAGUGUCUUACGUUGAUAAUAUGAACAUUGCGAUAUCUUAGAAAGUAUUAACAUUUUUCGGAAUUUUUGUUUGACAAUUUGAGAAAAAAAUAACUCUAAAAUGCUAAGUUACCAUUAUAAUUAAAUAAAUAGUCUAUCGCAGAUGGUUAUAUUUAAUAUUCCCAGAAAAAUUUUCAUUCAAAUUAAUAUAUCACACCAAAAUCAUUAAUAUAAGUAGUAUUAUUUUAGCCAUUUUAAAUUUACGUGUUUUUUUUUUUUUUUACUUUUAUGAUUUGAUAAUGAAACAAAAAAAAAAUUAAUCUCGUACUACUUUGAUGGAAAUGCCUAUUAUAAAUGUGUUUAUUUAUUUUUAACUUUCUGAAUAGAACAUUUCGGAUCAUUUUCACUAGGCUACUCUAUAAAAUGUAUAGGUAAGCAAGUAAUAAGUAUAUGUUAUCAAACUCAGAAGGUGCACUACAGGAGUAGUAAUUUUUCGAAAUUUUCAUUGCGACGUCAUUGUGAAAAACCAAGACGUUCUAGGAUAAGGGAGACAGGUGCAGUCACUGUUAUAGGUAAUUUAAUGUAUAUUUGUAAGCAAGGAUAAACCACUACUAACGAAAAAACGAUUCUAAACGCAGUUCAGUUAAUGAUGCUUUGUCAACAAAAUAUAAGUCAUAUUAUAGUAAAAUAAUUAAAUAGGCAUAUAUUUUCUUUAAUAAUAUUUGUUUAAUAUUGUAAGGAUUUACUCAUUUUUCCUGAUUUUUCACAUUUGCUUGAAAAACUCUUGGAAAAAUCGAAAAAUGACCUCCCUAAAGAACCUCUCCAGUCAGGUUUCCUUUCAGAAAAAUUGCUAUUAUUUUUAAUCAAAAGGAAAUUGUUGAUAGAAAAGUUUGCACAACAAAUCGAGAGGUAUUUUGCGAUUAAAAUAGUCCGAGCGAGUGAUGCUUUGGUCUCUAGGUACACCCAAUAUGCAUUUGUUUUUUCCUUGUUUAGAUAAAAGGGAAAAAACAUUUUUUUCCAAACACUGGUUUGAGGUCGGAACCUCUAGAAUGAUAACAGGCAUUAAUAACCAUUAGAUGACGACAAAUAUGUUUAAAGAAAUACAAUAUAGAGUUAUUUAACAUAACAUAUAAUGUCCGCAUAAUAUCAGAACUUCAAAAAGCUAUAAUUUCGAAACUUAGUCAGUUCACUUAAUUCUGACUUUUCCAUCGUUUUAAAUCGGCAAUAUACAUGUGUUCAAAAAAAAAAAAUUUGAAAAUUAGAUUUGUCCCACAUAGUUUUUUACUCAAAUGAUUUUCGACAAAAUUCGAUAUUAAAAUUUCCUUAUAAAAAAAAAAAAUACUAUAUCAAACUCUAUUUUUAUGAUAUAUAACUUAUAAUAAACCUCCUGUUAAAUUUUUAAGCAUUUCUGUUAAGUUUAAUAAUUUUACCACAGAGUAUCUACCGAAUUGUAUUUUUAUACAUACAAAACUUGCAAAAUUAAAAUGUCUUAAAAUUUUUGAAAUUUUUACCACGUCUAGAAAAGACAAAUAUAUGAUUUAUUUCCAAAUUUCAAGUUUCUCUGAAUGUUUUUAACUGAAUUACAACAAAUAAUCUAAUUGAUAAAAUAAUAAAAGCAUUAAUUUCGUACAUUUCCAGUUUUUCUUACGUUUUAUCCUGGUUUUUCACAGAAAUUAUGAAAACCGCUUGGAAAAUCAAAAAAUGACCUCCUAAAAGUAUCAUAUGGACAACAUUCCCUUUCAGAAAUAGUGCCGCGCGUAUAUCUGAGCAAGAUUUCUGGUAGAAUUUUCGUACACAGGAAAAAAAAACAUCUUAGUAAAACUAAUACAUCUUUCGCUACACUCAGAAUCUAAAAUAUACCGAAAAUCGAAUACGUAUAAAGCGUUAAAAAUGUAUACUUGAAUUGGAAAUUUAUUUUUAGAAAUAAAUGAUUUUUAUAGGUACCUUCUGCAGUAUUUUAAACGUUUACUCACAUAUUCAUUCAGACUUUUCAGAAAAUAAUUCGAACCAAUAAUAUAACGGCAGUAUGGACCAAGUAAGUGCUAUUAACAUUAUUAUACGAAACUAAAACUGAAUGGUUAAAUUAAAAUCAAGUUUAAUUUUUAGCUGCUGUAUAUUGUAUUACUUACAUUGUUAUAAUAUUUAUUGAUGACAAAUUUUGAGAGUGAUUUUCGAAUAAUUAUCGUGUACGAUAACGUCAUUGAAAUUCAACAAUUAUUAUUUUUGCACGCUGCUUGAAUAUUUUAAUUUAAAUGGUCGAUAAUUUGGAUAGAGUGAUACACGCCUAAGUUAUUUAUGUACUCUUUUAUUUAAGCGUUCUCUUCUCUGUUUUAUUUUAACUAUUUAAUUUUUGAAUUUUACACCGACUGUCGACCUGGUACCACGUAAGAUUAUUCUGAUCACGUCCCACAGGGAGUAAUAUUUUCUAAUCAAAUAAUUUAUGUAAGAGUUACCAAUUUUAUUUUGUUUUGUUUUUUUUUUUUUUAAAUUUAGGAAAAAGAAAAUAUAGUAAUAACUAUUGUGUCUGUUAUUUUAAUAUACAUGUAUAUAUUUUUUUUUUUUAGCUACUUUUAGGAAUGUUAGAGGCUAGAUCAAAUGAGUUCAAACUCAAAAAUUAUAAUUAUUUUUUAAGCGGAUUAAAGUGAAAAAGUUGAAUUGAAUUUUAACAUGCGUUUAAUCAUAUUGUUGUGAGAGAACAUCCCUUGAGAUUCCCCGAAUUAAGCUAUGGGGUGUAUUUUCGUAUAUGCGUGGCGUUAAUAUCAAGGAUGUGUUUUAUGGGAGUUUCACUUCUACCUCAAUCAUUUUGAUAAUCAAAUUCAGUUUUUUGGAAGUAUAGUAUACUUGUAAUACAGUUAUAGGGUUAUAUUUUAUUAUUAUAGUGUUAAUUUAUUUAUUUGUUCGCAAAGUUCUAUAAUACAAAAUAAGCGAUAGAGAUUAUCCAAUUCAAGGGAAUGAACUCUCCUGUUCAUAAAUGUGCAGGUAAUUUCAGAUAUAUUUUAAAAGAAAAUAAGCGAUAUUGACAAUACGCGGAAACUACUGGACAUAUUAUUUUUAGGUACAUUAAAUCUGGUACGUCAUUAUGACAUUUUAGUAGACCUAUCUACAGGAAUUAUUUUUAAAUACAAUUAUAGCAUUAUAAAGAUCGACGGGUUUUAAAAACCAUAUUCAUUGGGGCGUGUCUAUCGUUGGGUAAAAUUUUUUACGACUGUGUGAAUUAUAUAAAUUUUGAAAAUCAUCUCCGAAAGGUGCAGCGUUGUUAGAAUAAUAUGAUGCUAUGAGUAGGUACGGUAUGGUUAGGUAUCUAUUUAUUAUGUACCUAACCUUGUAUUACGGUGAUUUGAAGUACAUAAAACUAAUAAUAAUAUUUAAACGUCUAGUCGGUGUUUUAUAAUUUUUUGGCAACGGUAAUAAUAUAAUGACGUUCGCAAUUCAAAAACGAUUAGAAUGACUGAAAAAGACUGGUUUUCUCUAACAUUACGGGCACCUAGUUACCACACAAAUAUAAUUAUUAUAAUCUUGUAGAUCUACAUAGAAUAUUAUAGAUCUAUGUAGAUAACCGACUGUAUGAUAGUAUCCCAUUAGAGGUAUGAAGUCAGUAGCCAUAAACCAAGAAAGAAAUUUGAUAUAUUGAUGUUUUAAAUAAUUAGUAUAUUGAUUAAUCCAAAACAUAUUUGUUUAAAGUUAUAAUAUAGGUAUUUUGUGUUUAUAUGAUAAAUUUCAAAAUUUUUUUUCAUAUUAUUUCAUAGUAUAUUUAUAAAAAUAUUAUCAUAAAUUAUGGCAUAAAAAAAUUAAUCCCAUUUUAUGGGUAAAUCAAUAUUCGUUUUUUUGGUACACGCAGCUGCCAAACUUCAGGUUACUCAUGUAUAGAGUCGGCUAUCUAUAUAGUUGUUUUAUAAAAUGUAUAAUAUUUGCUGUAGUAACUUUAAAACAAAUUUUUUAAUACCUAUUCCACAAUAGUUAUAAAAUUAUAAUCACACGAUGAAAUAUUAAAUAUUAAAACUCAGAAUAGUAAAUAAUUUUUAACAAAACAAUAUUCGUUAUAAGUAGUUAUCAUUCAUUUAAACAUUCAUCAUUGAAAUCGAAUUUUUGAAAAUGUAUUAACAAUUUAUAAAAUAAUAUUAUUUUCAAAAGACAAACAUCGAAUUAUAAUGAAGGCCACGAUAAAGUGUUUGGUUUUUUCAAAUGAAAAAUUUUCUUUUGAAUUUAUCUCGAAAAAUAUAUUCUAUGUAUUGUUCUUCACUCUAAACGGUGUCACGUAAUUCGCAGUGCUGUAAAUCGGCCACUGAUCGGAUCUAUAGAAUAAUACUUUUGAAUAAGUAGAUUUGCUUCCAUACUAUAAGUACAUAUCUUGUACUUAAAAUAGACUUUAAUAACUACGGAAAAAGAUUCGAAACGUAUUUAGUCGAUUUUUGUUUCCGUUGUCAAAUAAUUUAAAAAUUUUUUUUCGUACGAUUUGAUAUGUUUUGGGUUAUAGUGCUUAGUUUUUAUUUUAUUUUUCUCAUCUAAAACAACUCUAAAAAUAAAUAAUGCACCAUAAUCAAUAAUGUAUUAUAUGAUAUUAUAAUAAUAUUAUUUUAAUCUUUUAAGCAUAAAUGCUAAACAUAAUAAAAAAAUAAAAACUAUUAAAAAUAUUAACUGUUUCAAAGGUUGUAUAUUCAGGAAUGACGAUUAUAAAAUAAAAGGUACCUUCGAAAUAUUAUUAUUACUUAAUACGUAAGUAGUUGGUUUAUCAAUUAUUUAAAAAUUAUCAUUAUAAUUAAUAAAAAAAAAAAAACAUGUAUUCGCGGUUGGCUCUUUAUGACACAAGGUGAAAUUUUAUGAUAAAAAAAAAAAAUAUAUCAAAUGAAACUAAUAUUUAGGUACGUAUAUCAAGUUGCCUGCCACCACGAGUGCCUCGUUCUAAUUCCCGCUGAGAGUGUUAAAAGAGUUAAUGAAGACAUAUUAGACUAGUUGCGCCAGAUAAGCCGGAUCAACAAUGUUAGUGAACACGUUUGUAGCAAUGAUACUAAUAAAAAUACUUGUAUAAUUAUUGAGGAACGAAAUUAAACAAUUUGUUACCUUCCGGACAUCGCACAUGACUUAUAUAGGUAUUUUAGAUCAGAGCUUUGCACUCGAAUUAACCAGAAACCGUAACGCUCCCAAAAACUCUUAAAAAAAUCGAAUACCCGAAUGAAUUUUUUUCAAAACACCCAAAUUAAACAAAACCAAAAUAAAAAAUUCUGGUUAACACGAAACCAGAUGUAUAAACCAGAAUCUUAUAGAAGUUGUAUUUUUAUUACAAGUUCGUUUAUUAAAAAACACGUAGGCCUCUGGAUUUUCGAAUCCGUCUGGGCCGAUCUAUCCCUAGUCCGCCUCGGUAUGUAUUAUUAAUUAAAUAUUAUUUCAUGUAUAAUUUGUUAACUAGGAAAUAUUUUGUAAAAAAUUAUGUUUGCAUCCAUUAUCAGACUAUAUAGUUAUAUAGUAUAUAUCUGGUAGUCCACUAACGAAAAAUAAAUAUUAUUCAUUGCAUAAAAUAAAAUGUAUUAUAUUGAAAAGUAAAAUAUUAGAUGGGCUGUGUAAUUUAACAUUAAAUAGCUAUUUUUAAAAUAGUAGCAGAUGGGUAAUCAUAUUUUUAUUUAUAAAUUCAAAAUUGUAUGCUGUACCUAUAUAGAUUUGCAUAAUAGUUACAAGGACUCGAAUAAAACAUAUACAUAUAACAUUGCCUUGGUUUUUGUAGUAUCUUAAACAAAUCUAUCUGCUUGAAAUUAAUAAACAGAGUUAUUUUAAAAAACUGUUGCGCAUUAACGUUGGGAAUUAAUAUUUUAUUAUAUAGGUACAGGUAAUAUAAAUAUUUCGUAUUAAAUUUUUUUUUUUUUGAUGGGGUUUAAAAACUUUAGUUAACAUUUAACUAUAAAAAUUUAUGUUUUUUAUAGUCUUCUGAAUACUCGUAUUAACUAAUGUUAAACCGAAUAAUAACGGUUAUUAACACCCAAACGUUUGUUCAUAUUUUAUUCCGGUAUUUGAACAUCCGAAUACAUUAAACACUCAAAACCCGAAACUCGUAUAAAUGAAUUGGGUGCAAAGCCCUGGGAUCCAAUUUUUGAAAUGAGUAAAAGAUUAUGCGACAUAAUGCGUUAUAAUGAUAAAAUUACUGAAUGUGACUAAUUUAUAUCGAAUAUUAAUAAUGAGGGGUAUUUUUGAAAUUGUAUCGAUAACAUUUUGUCAUUUACCGAAUGUGAUAAAAUAUGUCCCAUUAACCAUAGUGGUUUAUAUGAUAAAAAUAAAUUUGCAUUUACAUUAUUCUAACCUAAAAAUGUAAUAGUUAUGAUAAAAUACAGAUGGUGAUAUCAUAUAUUGUUUGGUGGCGGGAAGCAUAAAACAUACUACACAUUGCUAGAGACUCAUUGGAGAGCAUUCGAGGGCUUUAAUUGGCUGUAUUGCGUUUGUGAUAACAUUAUAAAAUUAUCAAUAUUUAAUAAUAUUUUUAAAAAUUAUGUGUUUUUUUCGUUUAAACUUUAUUAUUCUGAUUUAUUUAAUAAAAUAUGAUUUAUCCAGCAUCAUUUAAAUAUGGAAUUGUCAAAGAUGACAAUGUUAAUAUUAUUUUAAGAUGUGAUGCAAAAUCUAUGGAAGAAAUCAAUGUGCGGGUAUUUGCAUAAAUAUUUUAUAUUGUAUUUACUAAAUAAUAAACUAUUUAUUUCAUAGGAAUCAUGACUCAUGACUAAAAUAUAUUAAACAUUUUUUAAAUUUCAAAUUCGUUUUUCAAUACAGGUAAUUUCAGAAGCCCAGCGUGUAUCAGCAAACCAAAAAGACUUAUCCAAAAAUGCCAAAUUUCUAAAUUAUGUUUUAAUUAAUUUUAUAAAUUUAGUUAAGAUUUAAGAAUUAAGAUACCUAUAAAAUAAAUUAUUUAUUUUUUUAUUAGACACAUUGAUGUCUUCCACAGAUUUUGCAUUACAUCUUAAAAUAAUAUUAACAUUGUCAUCUUUGACAAUUUCAUAUUUAAAUGAUGCUGGAUAAAUCAUAUUUUAUUAAAUAAAUCAAAAUAAUAAAGUUAAAAAAAAAAAAAACAUAUAAUUUGAAAACAUUAAAUAUUGAUAAUUUUAUAACGUUAUCACUUAUCACAAACGCAAUAAAGCCAUAGAGAGCUCUCGAUUUCCAAUGGGUCUCUAGCAAUGUAUGAUUAUAUGCUGACAGGAAUGGUGAUUGGUGAGAUAAACAAUAGUUUAUUGUUUCUAGUUUAAUUAUUUUUGUUUUAAAUUCAAAGUUUAUUAAAUUAACCAUUAUGAGUGCUCAACCAAAAUUCAAACAAAAAGCAAGCCAACUAAACAACAAAUUAAGAUAUUGGUCGAUCUUUGAAUUUUUAGCAAACAUUUGUUCGGUCAAAGUAAACGGGUCCGACAAAGGUUUGUAGAAAAAAUUUCUAACGAAAUUUUUAUUUACACAAACCUCAUUUUCCAUAAAACUAUUAAAAAAAAAAAAUUCUUCAUCAAUCGAAAUCUGACAUUCUCAGUUAUUAUAUACUAUUAGGUAUUUAAUAUAAAAAUUACAGGACUUAAACAAUACUUUAAGUGAGAACAUUUUAAAUAUGUUUAUUUAUUGAGAAGGAUUGAUAUCUAUGAAUAUUGGAAAUUUACUACGAUUUACUAUUUAGUCCAGUGAUAAAACAAUUGCAUGCGAUAAACGUUAUAUCAUCAUACAUUACAAUAGACAAUUAGUCGAAUAAUUUUUGUGAGACCAAAUUAUAUCAUAAUUUAAAAAAAGCAUUUUUUUUUUCAUGCGACUAACGUAUUUAUCGCAUGCGAUAAGCGGUCGAAUAAACAGUCGAAUGAUUUCAAAAAUCGGGUCCCUGUUUUAAAUUAAUUUUUUUUUGUGUAUUAAGUUAUAUUAAAAAACUGUAUAUUUUAUAUUUUAUUGUUUAUCAGGUAAGAGAUUUAUUUGUCUUUGUAUUUUGCUUAUUCAAUUGUAUGAAUCAAGAGUUUGUUUUCUUAAAGGAGAUUAGAUUUAUUUUUUUUUUAAAUUAAAGUAACAAUUUUUUUCCACUAUCUAAAAAAUUAUUUUAAAUCUUUAUUAUGUGUUCUUUAUAAGAUCUACGUUCCAAUAUUGUUGAAUUUUGAUUUUCCCAAACAUUCGAUUUAAAUGUCUAAAAUGUUCUAAAAACUUUCGCCGUACAGUAUUAAUAAUUAAAGAAAUUGAAAAAUUCGAUCUUAUCAUAAGUAAGUAUAAUGACGAAUUCGAAUCAGUUUCAAAUUUCUUAUCGCUUUACUAUGAGUCGAUUUGCAUUCAUACGACGGACAAAAACUACAAAAUGUUUGGGAACUAUAGUAUAAAAAUAUAAAAUAUAAUACUGUAGAGUGUAGAGAUAGCCUAUACCCAACUCCUUAAAAACGGUCACUAUCCAUUAUCCAAUCCUUACAUAAUACGAACAAUACGAGGUAUCUAUUAAAUACGUCACUGAUUCGUAUGUCGUGGAAAACGCACCAUGGCAGUCAACUAGACAUUCAAAUAUUUAAAAAAAAAAGUCAUAACAAUAAUAUUAUCAAAAGUGGUUUUUUUUGAGUAAAUCCGAUCGAUCGAUAAUCGUAAAAACUACGGUAUCGGUACGUAACCGAGCCGAUGAUAUUGCGUAUCGUCGCCAGUUUGAUGGCCUGAAAUAUUAUAUAAUAUCGUGAAACAAGUAGGUAAUAUUUAAUUUUAAAGACGUUAUCACAUACUAACCGGUGUGACAGGAAUUUCGUUUUUAACCCCUAAAAUAUAUUCACUGACAUCUAUAUUCACCUAUUCUAAGUAAAACGUACUAGGUUAUUUUUACACCGCGGUGGGGUGUAAAAAUAACCUAGAACAUUUUUAGAGGGUGUAACUAUAUUUUGAAUGAAAAUUAGCCUGUUACACCGGUGUGCCAGUGAUUAUUGAUCCCGUGAUAUUGGAUUAGGAGUGGGGGGGGGGUGACAAUACACAGUUGUAAAAUUUUACCCGGGUGGAGGGGGAGUAAAAUAUCAUCAGGGAAAAAGUUCGUGGUUACACCAGCACCGGAAAAGCGUUAGGUAUUUAUUUUGUGCAAUGCGUGAAGAGACGUUUACGAAACGCGAGUGCUAAAAAACCUGUUCUAAUGUGUUCUUUUCACCACUGUCGACGAUCGUUCUUAACGUGUAAGGUUUCGAAAAAAAAAAAAAAAAAUGAUAUGUCAGGUUUACCUCAUCUACAAAAUCACAAAAUUCGUUGAUGUUUUGAUUUUGCCGAAUUUUCCGAAAAAUCGAACGGAUUUGCCAUACGGGUACAUUAUUAUAUUGGUAACUUUUUACCGCGAUUUUAAUAUUUACUACUUAACAGCACUACCGUGCAAAAUUGCAUACAACGAGAAAAUUAUUAAUAUUUUUGGUUAUCUGGAGAAUAAUCAAAACGCCGGAUCUGUUUUUCGGGUGAUCUUAAGUAUAACAAUAUUCUUAUCAAGUAGGACAAUUCCGGUUAUAUUCUGUAAUUUUACUGCAACAUUUCAACCGGAAGAAUAAAUCCAACCAAUGUGAUAUUGAUUUGAACAGUUUUUCGAUUUCGGUUGACAGUACGAAUCAAAACGUUCAAAAGCCUAUUGCGUUAAUGAUGUUAUUCGGUUGAUUAAAGGAAAUAAAUAAUAAUACUGAUGGUUAAUAAACUUAUUUUGUUUCAGAUCUAACAUUAAUAUAAUAGUAGUUCAAAAGACAACAACAAGAAAAAAAAUAUACAACAAUUACGAGCAAAUUAUUAUUGUUAGUGGUAAUAAUAACUAA